AGGUGUAUUGAACAGGUGUUACUGUUGAAUUGUUAUUUUAUUCUUUCUUUCUCACAACAUUUUAUUUUUUUUUUUGAUUUAUAUGAGAUGAGAUCUUUUAGAAAGUUUUUUUAUUUUUUUAUCAUAAAUUCUUUAUGGUAUAGUCAUGGUGAAACAUUUGAAGCACGCUCACCACAAUUUAAUUUAAAUCGUAUUCUUGAAGAAUUAUUAAAUUUUUCAUUUGGACCAUUCAAAAUUGGGUCAUAUGCAUCAGAUUGUAGAAUUGAUAUUCAAAAUCAUUUAUUAGAGCCACCACCAUUAUUACUAUAUCCGGGAACUACAAAAAUUUAUAAUCCACAACCGAAUGGUGAACUUGUUAUACCAUACAAUGGUAAAAUAGAAUUUAAUUGUCAACAAAAUUUACUAGAACCAUUUCAUGAUAAAAAUAAAGUUGUUGCACAAUGUAUUGGCUUGAAUCGUUUAAAAGUUGAUGGUAAAAUAUAUGAUAUAACAGAUUUUGUUUGUAAUUCAUGGUUUCCAUCAGUUGCACAAAGAACACAUAAAACUUGCCAUUAUGGUAAUGCAACAGAAAUAGAAGUUGGUUUUCAAUUAAAAUCAGAUAAAAGAUUUAUUCGUAUUUUUGAUUUAUGUCAUGAUGAAGAAAUCGGUUCAACUUUAUAUGUUCAUCAUUAUUUGACACCCGGAAGUAAUUCAUUUCAAAGUGGUGUUAAAAGAGUUUCAUUUAGAAAAGGAAAUUUUUAUGGAAAAUUAAAUGUUGAUGGUCAUUAUAAACAAGUGAAACAAAAAGAUACUAUUGGACGAAUACUUGGUGGUAAUCAUGAAAAAUAUUUUGAUGAAAAAUCUUCAUUAUUUUUAGCUAGAGGUCAUUUAUCAGCAAAAGCUGAUCAUGUUUAUGCAAAUGAACAGAGAGGAACAUUUUAUUAUGUUAAUGCUGCACCACAAUGGCAAUCAUUUAAUGCUGGUAAUUGGCAAACAAUUGAAGAUGAUAUUCGUAGAUAUGCUCAAAAGAAACGAUUAUAUUUGGAAUGUUUUACUGGUACAUGGGGUAUUGGAACAUUAGCUGAUGGUAAUGGUGAUCACAGAGAAUUAUAUUUAUAUUUUGAUGAAAAUGAAAAUGGUGGUUUAAUACCAGUACCAAAAAUUUAUUAUAGAGUAGUAAUUGAUAUUAGAUCUAGAAAAGGAAUUGUACUUAUUGGUGUUAAUAAUCCCCAUUUAACAAUGGAAGAAAUUCAACGAGAUUAUAUUAUUUGUAAUGAUAUUAGUGAUAAAAUUAAUUAUAUUGAUUGGAAAAGAGAUAAUAUAAGAUUAGGUUAUUCGUAUGCAUGUGAAGUUAAAGAAUUUAUGAAAGUUGUUGGACAUUUAGAAAAUUUAAAUGUAAAAGGACCGAUAAAAUUUUUAUAUCAACUAUUUACAACUUCUGUUUUAUCAUAUGAUACAAAAUCAUCAUCAGAAUCAAAAUCAUCACCACCUAUAACUGGUUGCCGACAAACUGGUAAACAUUUUCUAGUACAUUUUUUUUCUUCUGGACCUUCGAAAAAUACUUUUUUCGAAUAUUCACCAAUAUAUUCCAUCAAAAUAUUAGAAAGUAUUCCUGUACCUGAAUACGCGGGAUUUGAAUGUAAUACGCAAGAUGUUAAAAUUUUUAAAAAUUUGGAGAAACGUGCAGCUUUAUCAUCAAAAUUUCCAAAAUGGCCAAAUGCUAUUGUACCGUAUUUAAUACAGUGUACAGAUUUUAAAAAUAAAGAUCUUGAUUUAAUAAAGGAAGCUUUAAAUGAGAUACAAAAUAAAACUUGUCUAAAGUUUGUUCAAAUAUUUGACAGAACUCAGUUCAAUGGCUUUAUUAUUGUCGAUUGUAAAUACGGUGGAGGUUGUAAUGCUAAACAGGGUUACAAGGGAGUACCACAAAUUUUAAAUUUAGAAAAACAAAGUAGUAAUCAAACUACUAGAGGAGGCUGUAUGAAAUUUCAUAUAAUUCAACAUGAAUUUAUGCAUGCUCUUGGUUUUGCACAUGAACACAAUUCACCAAUACGUAAUCAAUUUGUUAAGAUUCUGUCACAAAAUAUUGCACCAGGACGAGAAUAUUAUUUUAAAGUUAAUAAUGCUGUUAAUUACGAAAAUUAUGGUUGCCUUUAUGAUUAUCAAAGCAUUAUGCAAGUUGACGAAUAUCGGCAUUCUCGUAAUAAUAAACCAACAAUUGUAUCUCGAAACGAUAGUUUUCCAACUCUUCUGUUUACAGAGAAAAUGUCUUUUCAAACACUUUUCGUACUAUGCCUUGGUAUUGCUUUUACUCCGUGGUUGGAGGCAAGAGAAUAUCAAACAAUUCCUUCAAUAAUUGAGGAUGAUUUACCAGAAAUACAAUGGAAUCUCAAUAAUUAUAAUAUAGAUGAACAAUUUGUAUCAAAAGAAUGCACAUUUAAUGUUAAUAAAGAUAUUAAAGAUCCACAACCAUUAUAUUUAGUACCAAAUUCAAUUGAUUUUUAUGAACCCGAUACAUCCGGAAAUGUACAUAUACCGAAUGGAAAACAAAUUGAAUUUCAUUGUACUAAAGGAUUUGCAUCGCCAUUUUUAAAUUUAAAAAAUAUAACAUCAAAAUGUAAAGGUGGCACCAGUUAUGAGGUUUCAGGGAAAAUUUAUAAUUUCACAGAAUUUAUUUGUACUAAAACAAAUGAUUAUAUUGCACGUCCAACAACAAAAAAAUGUUAUAAUAAUUCAAUGAUAGCUGAAAUAGGAUUUGAAAUUAUAAAUAAAAAAUUUGUUAAACUUAUGGAAAUUUGUCAUGAUGAAAUAUCUGCUUCAACAUACUAUGUUCAACAUAAUAUGGGACCAUUUAAUAAUAAAUAUCAACGUAAUGUUACGCGACCAUAUUUUCAACAGGGAAAAUUCUUUAAAAAACUUAAUAUCAAUAAAUUAUAUACACAAAAUGAACAAAUCAAAACAGUUGGACGUAUUUUAGGUGGUAAUCAUGAAAAAUAUUUUGAUAUUGAUAAAUAUGUAUAUUUGGCAAGAGGACAUUUAGCAGCUAAAACAGAUUAUGUUUAUGGUGUACAACAAUUGGGAACAUUCUUUUAUAUUAAUGUUGCACCACAAUGGCAAACAUUUAAUUCUGGUAAUUGGCUUGCUGUUGAAGAUGGUGUUCGUAAUUUUAUUGCAAAAAAAAAAUUAUAUGUUGAUUUAUAUACUGGUACAUGGGGUGUUAGUUCUUUGAAAGAUUCAAAAGGUGUAUUUAGAGAAUUAUAUUUGUAUAAUACUAAUGAUAAUAGUAAAAAUCAAGUACCAGUACCAAAAUUAUUUUAUAAAAUUGUAAUUGAUCGUAAAUCAAGAAAAGGUAUUGUUUUAAUUGGUGUUAAUAAUCCACAUUUAACAUUAGAAGAAAUUGAAAAUGAUUAUAUAAUUUGUAAUGAUAUUAGUAAUCAAAUUAAUUGGCUUAAAUGGAAAAAAGAUAAUAUAACAAAUGGUUAUUCGUAUGCUUGUAGUAUACCAGAUUUUGUGAAGGUUGUAAAACAUUUACCAAAAUUAAAUGUUAAAGGAAUUUUACUUUAAUUUAAAUAAUAAAUUUUAUUUUUAAUAUUGGA